AGCAAGAAGAACUCGGGUACAGAAAGCGCACCCUUGCCCUAUAUAGUGUUGGAUGUACGGUCCGCCCAGGACUUGCAGCAGGGACGGCUUCCUACCGCAAUACAUGUGGACGUUGAUCUGCUGAUGGAGAACCCUGACGAGUUUCACAAGCGAAUGGCCAUGUUUGGCGAGAUGGGGGAUGAACACAUCUGUGUGUAUGGGUCGUCUACUGAAGAAUCGAAUACGCGAAUGGUCAUCAGCUACUUCUUGCAACGCAAUAUAAAGCACGUGAGUUGUUUGUCCGGCGGUUAUCGCGCUAUUCACGAUCUCUUCAAGGAGACGGGCUUUGUGGAGAUUGCCGACCACAAUGCUGAAGCUUGCACGGUAUGCAACCCCAAUGCGAUCGCUUCGCCGUCGCCCGACAGCCGUUCGCAUUCUAGGACGUUCUCAUUCGACAGCAUCCGUGCUUCGUUAAGGAGGAAAUCUGAUGUGCCACUCGCGAAGGCUAUGCUUAAAGAUGAUAAAGAAUCAGAGAAACCGCCAGUGUCGGUUAAAGCAAAUGAAAGUUGGUCGUCAUUCUUCCAGAGAGGGAAACAAACUCUAAGUAAUAUUGGGAAGGAUAAGAAUGGCGAUACGCACGUGCAAACCAGCCGACAGUCAUCCGUGGCGAGUAAUAGGGGACCGUUUGGUAUCGGCGGUUCAGAUGAGGAUAGCGAUGGCUCCGAUGUGGAGGGAGAAAACCUUAAUUCGAUGCGUAAGAUAAAUAUAGAGGAUAAUAUGGACGACAUUGGCGCCAUCAGCUCAUUCCAGUGCGAAGAAAUGGCGCCGCGCAACCGGAGAAUCGCCAGUGUCCUCGUGGUGUCGGAGAGUGCCUUCUAUGUGUUGCGCACGCCGGCUCAGACACAUCCGGUGGCUUACGUCAAGGAGUCCUUUCCGCUUUGGACCCUUACGAAGAUAACUGCCAACAAGAAAGAUGCUGACCUCUUGACCUUUGUGUUCAAAAUAGAAAGGGACGGCAUACAAACAACACAGCCUAGGCGAUUUUUGCUCAAGAACAGCCGCACAGUAUCGCAGACGAUUGGCAAGUUGGUUCUCGCGAACGUACGCCAACGACAAAGGCGCCAUACUUUACCACUGCAAGAGUACAUGCAGAAUGUACAGAGCGUGAGUGCGAAAGGAGAUACACACAGCCAAGAAGUAGCAGGUACGAGCCAAUCGGCACCGAUUGAAAACGGAGAUAAGCCACAGCACGAUAUAUCUGAAGAGGAUAACGCGACGAUACCCAGCGUAGUGGACCAGCGUGCGACCGGGGAUAUGCAGCUGCCGUCACACAGUAUAGGGAGUGAUGAAGAUUAGGUCCAGAAUAAAAUACCAAUGACGAACCCUUGCGAAUGAUGUGUGAUGUACGGACGGUGUGGAAUUUGGCGUAUUGUUGACAAGGAGUGGGAAGACCUAAAACAUCCACCAGUCUGAUACUUACGUAAGCGUAAAAAGGAAAUGAUUCCAGAUCAGCAAGUGUUACAAAGAUGUUAACUGUGAUGAAAGGUAAUGGGGGCUAACAAGCAAUAUAUUACAAACAGGAACAAGAAACGUGUUUCUCGUCAGGGAAUCUAUAUGAUGAACUUUCGUGCAUCAGACCACUCGAAAACGCCCUUUCGCUGGUGAAUACGUAGGUUCAUACCAGUUGAUAAGGAAAUAUGAUGAGGCGUGAUGGAACCUCUCGUCCCGGGAGAUUCACACUAUACGAAGUAAAAGCGUACUGUCACAACGAUAAUCUGUACAAAAGCAAGUGCAUCAGUUAACCAUUGCCUUGCGUAGGGCUCAUAGCUUUUAUUCGAGAUGUAUGUACCACCCAAGUGGAUAACGACCACUAACGACUUAUCGCUAGUAAAUCAACUUUACAUGUUUCUCUGUUGGACAAACACAUAGACGAAAAAAGGGAAUAACUCAAAAGCAGGUAUCAAGUAUCUAUGAAUUAAAAAAUCGG